CCCAACACAGUCAAACUGUCCACACAUGCAACGCAUACUUCGAACUUCACAGCCUCUGCUCUCCUCUUACACAUUUCGAACAGCCCCUGCAUUUAGUUUGACAGCUUCACCGUUGCAAUUGACUACGAGAAAGAUGUCUGGAAUCAAGAUCGUUGCUACUAAGGAGGCUUGCCCUGUUGCAGGACCUUACUCCCAGGCCAUCAUCGCGGGCCCGCAAGUCUUCGUCUCAGGCCAAAUACCCGCCGACAAGACCGGCGCCCUGAUCGAGGGCAACAUCACCGACAAGACCACACAAUGCUGCGAGAACAUCGUCGCCAUCCUGAAGGAGGCCAACACACCCGUUGACAAGGUCGUCAAGGUCAACGUGUUCCUCGACGAUAUGGCGCACUUCGCUGAGAUGAACGGCGUGUUCGAGAAGUACUUCGCACACAAGCCGGCGAGGAGCUGUGUGGCUGUUAAGCAGCUGCCUAAGGGUGUGCCCGUGGAGAUUGAGUGUAUUGCUUACAACGGUUAAACAACGGUCGUAUGCAGCAAGCUUAGGCUGACGAUCAUGUCAAGACUGAGCUGUAACGAAAUAAAAGUCACUUCGAAUUCGCA